CUUGUACCUUAAUUUAUUUUGUCACUGGUUUUUGAUGCAAGGUCCUAAAGUUUGUUAUCAUUAUCAGGAUCUAUAUCAAUAUACCGGAAAAACAGGUUUUCAUUUUUGAUGAAAUUUAAGGCCCUUUAUGUACCGAUGACAUUUUUGUGUGUGGUGGGUAGAUCAGUAGGGCUAGUUCAAGUUACUUACUUUGUUAUAGGCCGUGGGUUUGUUGAAAACCAAACAUACGCAUUGGGUUUGGUUUUGUUCUUGGUUUUGGUUUUGUUGAAGAAGUAGAUCUUAUUUCACAGAAGGAUUGCACUGUUUGUUAAACCAUGUCUCACCAAACUGGAAUAACAGCUAAUGAUGAAUUGGUGACAUUCUUUGGCAACUGCCGCAAUGGAAGUGUACGAGCUGUCAAAAUUUCCAUUGAAAAUGAGCAGCUGAGCCUGCACACACACGUGCCGGCCGACUCGACCUGGGAGCGGGACUGGGACAGCGUGGUUCCCGACCUGGUCGAUGACAAACAGCCCACCUAUGUGCUCUACAGGCUGGACUCGAAGAACUCGAUGGGUUUCGAGUGGCUGAUGAUCACCUGGUCGCCGGACGACUCGCCAGUCCGACAGAAAAUGCUCUACGCCUCCACAAAGGCCACGCUCAAGAAGGAGUUUGGCGGAGCUCAGAUCAAAGAUGAAGUGUUCGCGACCGUAAAGGAGGACGUCACGUUCAGCGGCUACCAGCGCCACCUGCGGGCGCAGAAGGCGCCGGCGCCGCGCUCCAUGGCAGAGGAGGAGAAGGCAGAGAUCCGCCGGGCGGAGGUGAGUGUCGACGUGGCGGUCGACACCAAGCAGCAGACGAUGGGCAGCGUGGCCUUCCCCAUCAGCCGAGACGCGCUGGAUGAGAUCAGCAGGCUGUCCGAGGGCCGGAUCAACUAUGUGCAGCUCAGCAUAGACCUGGACCGGGAGACCAUCAACCUGGCGGGUUCGGACAGCACGCCCGUGUCGGCGCUGGCGUCUCGCGUGCCCACUGACCAGGCGCGCUACCACCUGUACGUGUUCACACACCAGUACGAGGGCGACGUCUUCCACAGUCUCGUGUUCAUCUAUUCGAUGCCGGGGUACUGCUGCUCGAUCCGCGAGCGGAUGCUCUACUCCAGCUGCAAGUCUUCCGUGAUUGAUUUUAUUGAGAAUCAGUGUCAGCUGAACAUCACGAAAAAGAUCGAAAUAGACGACCCCUUAGAGCUGACGGAGCAGUUCCUACUGGACGAGAUCCACCCCAAGAAGAUGCUGCACCGACCAAAGUUCGCCAAGCCCAAGGGCCCGGCCAACCGGGGCGCUAAGCGGCUCACCAAAACCUCGCCGGACUCGUAGCCGAGAGGUGGCCCUCUCUUUGCGCGUGCUGUGCCGGUAAGCGGGCGGGGCGCCGGGCGCGACCGGCAACUGUCGUCUGCCACAUGACUGCGGAGUGUUCUAGUAAUCGCUGCGAUUUUGCCGUGAUCUAUUUACCAGUGCCGUCACAUGAUUGGCAUGUCAAUCAGUCUCAGUCCGCUAGAGGUUGGCUGGCAGACGUGCGAACGGCGCCAAAAAGUCGGCGACAAUUUCUGUGAUGUGUAAUCGUUAACUGUACGUCAAAGUCCUUUUAUAGCAGAGUUUCGAAAGGUUUUGUAUUCCGAGGAAUUUGGCGUAUCUUAUAGGCUUGCUGGUGAUAGCAGCCAAGGUUGUGAUAAAGGGCGAGGCCACCAAUGCAGCCUCGCUUUCUCCAUAUAUUGAAGCACUGAAGCGCCAAUCGAUCAUCUUGGAUCAGCUGAGAGCGACACCCGGUUCUGUCGGCGAUCAGGGGCUUCUGUAUCUGUCUGGUACCAAACUUCCCGAGCCAUCCUUGUGUACCUCUGGUGCGGUUCUUAACUUCUUCGUGCCGUGUUACUUCUUCAGACCCAGGAUCGUUGGGUUUACCAAAGACUGUCGGAAGUUAUGUAUCGAUGUCUUGAAAGUCGCCUGUCGGCACCGUCUUCAUGCUUGGUAUCGAUUAGUUGUUAAUCGCCGCUUUGAGAUAUAAAACGUAGCUGCACCCUGCGUUGAUCAGAUACAGGUGUGGACGAAAUGUCAUUUCGAGCUGUUUGCGGAUAAGAUACAGCAAUAUCUGCGCGUAAUAAGCGCCAAUUGGACGCUAAUUGGAUAUUCGAUCGUCGUGUGCUGAUAAUUGAUACCGCCCUUUAGACCACAGGCCAACUGAAAUGCGUAUUUAAUUAUCAAUUUCCACCUGGCCCAGGUAGUGAGUGGUGGGCGAUGAACAACGCUGACGUACUAUCCGCGACUCGUUUUAUAUGCGCUAAUAUACUGUGUUAGCUUA